AAAUGGCCCGGUGGGGCGGUGGCGCUCACCCCACCAUGCAGGUGCCCAGCCCCAGCGCUCGCGAGGCCGCCUCCAUGUACGGCACGGCGGUGGCCGUCUUCCUGGUCAUCCUGGUGGCCACGCUGCAGGGCUCGGUGCCCCCCGGGAGCCCCUGGCCCUACCACAUCCCCCUGGACCCUGAGGGGACCCUAGAGCUUUUCUGGAACGUCAGCUACGUGCAGGAGAUGGUCCAUUUCCAGCUCCUGGUGCGGGAGCCGGGGGCCGGGGUGCUGUUCGGGAUGUCGGACCGCGGCGAGCUGGAGAACGCCGACCUGGUGGUGGUCUGGACUGACGGGGACAAGGCCUAUUUCGGGGACGCCUGGAGUGACCAGAAGGGACAGAUUCACCUGGACACGCAGCAGGACUACCAGCUGCUGCAGGCCCAGAGGACCCCGGGGGGCCUGUCCCUGCUCUUCAAGAGGCCCUUCAGCACCUGCGACCCCCACGACUACCUCAUCGAGGAUGACACAGUCCACCUGGUGUAUGGGCUCCUGGAGGAGCCGCUCCGUUCGCUGGAGGCCGUCAACGCCUCGGGCCUGCGCACAGGGCUGCAGAGGGUCCAGCUGCUGAAGCCCAACAUCUCAGCACCGGCCCUGCCCGCAGACACGAGCACCAUGGAGAUCCGAGUUCUCAACGUGCUCGUGCCCGAGAACACCACGUACUGGUGCCACUUGACAGAGCUUCCCGAGGGCUUCUCCCGGCACCACAUCGUCAUGUACGAGCCCAUCGUCACCAAGGGCAACGAGGCCCUGGUGCAUCACAUGGAGGUCUUCCAGUGCACGGCGGGGUUCCAGAGCCCCAACCUCAGCGGGCCCUGCAACACCAGGAUGAAGUCCGACCCGCUCGAGCACUGCCGCCACGUGCUGGCCGCCUGGGCCCUGGGCGCCAAGCCCUUUUACUACCCAGAGGAAGCUGGCCUUGCUUUUGGGGGUGCCGGAUCCUCCAGGUUUCUCCGCUUGGAAGUUCACUACCACAACCCGCUGAUGAUCCAAGACCGGAUGGACUCCUCCGGCAUCCGCCUGCACUACACGGCCACGCGGCGGCGCUUCGACGCGGGCAUCCUGGAGCUGGGCCUGGUGUACACGCCCGUGAUGGCCAUCCCCCCUGGGGAGACGGCGUUCGUCCUCACCGGCUACUGCACCGACAAGUGCACACAGCUGGCCCUGCCCUCCUCCGGGAUACACAUCUUCGCCUCUCAGCUGCACACCCACCUGACGGGGAGGAAGGUGGUCACGGUGCUGGCCCGGGAUGGCCAGGAGAGGGUCAUCGUGAACAGGGACAAUCACUACAGCCCUCACUUUCAGGAGAUCCGCAUGCUGAAGAGGAUGGUGUCAGUGUACCCAGGGGACUUGCUGGUCACUUCCUGCACCUACAGCACAGAGGACAGGAAGCUGGCCACCGUGGGCGGCCUGGGCAUCCAGGAGGAGAUGUGCGUCAACUACGUCCACUACUACCCCCAGACGGAGCUGGAGCUCUGCAAGAGCGCGGUGGACCCCGGCUUCCUGCAGAAGUACUUCCACCUGGUGAACAGGUUCAACAGCGAGGAGAUCUGCACCUGCCCCCAGGCCUCGGUCCCCAGGCAGUUCGCCGAGGUGCCCUGGAACUCCUUCAGCAGGGACAUGCUCAGGGCCCUGUACGGCUUCGCCCCCAUCUCCAUGCACUGCAACAAGUCCUCCGCCGUGCGCUUCCAGGGUGAAUGGGAGCAGCAGCCCCUGCCGAAGGUCAUCUCCCGGCUGGAGGAGCCCGCCCCUCGGUGCCCGGCUGGCCCCGGCCCGCGCCCCGCCGGCCCUGCGGCUCCCACCGUGGUCAGCAUUGGUGGGGGCAAAGGCUGA